GGUGAGGAAAUACCAGACAGGUAUUUGUGUUGUACAGCUGAACAUUGUAGAUAUAUAUAAAGCCAGGUCCUAUAGCACAGUGUACAGCAUUCCACUAAUGCCUGCCUCAGACUAGGGCAGCAUGGAGAGUGCGUCGCACACGGCAGCACAGUGACAGCACUCGCUUAUUGGUGGGGUGAAAGUUAAUGUACUGAAACUUUGUUUUGUGCACGAUCAACAGCGGUCGUGAAUAACCACGUUAAAUGAGUGGCUAACACUGUAAUACAGCGUGGCUGAGAGCGGUGUUCGGGACGCUUUGUGAUUUGCAUUCGGACAAUUCCUCAGUGAGGCGUCUAGAAUUCUUGCGCUCGAUCUUGAGCAGUUUCCGCAUGUGUGCUUCCCGGAAUGCUAAUAUUGUAGGUAGUUGAAUCCUUAAGACACAUUGGAGAGGAGGUGUAAUAUGGAAGUACAUUCCUGCUGUUACCAUAAACAAAUUCUCUUGAGCAAAAUUAAGUAAACAAACGGCAAGCUAAAAGCACUUUUAUUAGUUAUAUCCCAAUGAAAUGGCGCCCUCUAGCGGCGUCAGAGCUAAACUGUUCUCCAGAGUCACUGAGUUACCCUCAAGAUACGGGGGCGUUUUCUGAACAUAGACGGGUUAGACUUUUUGAGAAAUGCAGGGAAAUUCACUGCGGGAAUUUGUUAAAAGCUUUUAUCAGAUGAGAGUGCUCCAACACCAAGUGCAACCUUUCCCUUACUCAUUGAAAUCAAAGAGAAGAAAGUUCACGCAUCGGAAAACAAGGUGACACGAUAUUCUUGAGUGGGCGUGCAGGUUAGUUUCAGUGCAGCGUUUAGUCUUUUGAACUUCACUUAUCAGCCCGACGACCUGAAAUCAUCAAUAAAUAUUUCCCAAAUUACAAGGUGUUUUUUUUUUUUUUUUUUUUUCUCGCCCCGGAUUUAUUGAAUAUACUCCUUCAAUUCAGUCAAACGUCAUCCUCUCACCGCGUUUUACACUUGCACAUGACGUCACGCUAACCCUGAUGUAGUUUGAGAGCAUGCAAUUUCAAUUCGAAAAACAAAGCUGGUGUGUCUAGGCGUUGUGUGCUGUUCUUCCCGGAAUGAGGGAACCGCAAUGUUCCCUGAUAAUGGCAGAUCUACAUUGUAUUGCCUUCCUCCAGAGACACUGUUUAAACUUCGUAUCUUGACAAGAUGUCUUGCGCAGCAGACAGCUGCAUCCAGUUUACCCGCCAUGCGAGCGACGUGCUUCUCAAUCUGAACCGUCUGCGGAGCCGGGACGUGCUGACCGACGUCACCAUCCUGGUGAACAGGCAGCCAUUCCGUGCGCACAAGACCGUCCUCAUGGCCUGCAGUGGGCUCUUCUAUUCCAUCUUCACGGACUCGCUGAAAUGCAACAUGACCGCCAUCAGCCUCGACCCCAAGGUGGAUCCGGACGGCUUUGCCAUUCUGCUGGGCUUCAUGUACACAUCGCGGCUCAGUCUGAGGGAGAGUUCCAUCGUGGCAGUCAUGAACACGGCCGUCUACUUGCAAAUGGAUCACGUGGUCGAUACCUGCCACAGGUUCAUCCAGUCCAGUGACCGGAGCCCUUCAUCCAAGCUGCUCACAGAAGAGUUUCUGUCCAGCUCAAUGCUGCCUCAGGACAUCCAUGCUUACAGGCUGCAUGAAGUGGCAGAGAGCUUGCCGGGCCGCAUCCCUCCGUUCCGGGACAGGGGAGCCUAUGGGCCCAACAUGUACAAUGCCAGCACAUACCACCUGUAUGGCAACAUGCCUGUCCACAGCUUCCCCUUCUCCCUUGGAAAGCUGCCAGAAGCCAAAUCUCCCUACCCGGACUACCCCAGAGGCGGUAGCCUCCACCAGAAGCACUGCUCUCCUCCUGAUAACACUAACGCAGAGUACAGCAGGCCGGUGUCCAACGUCUCUUCCAGGGAAGCCCUGGACGAAGAGGUAAGGAAGGAGAGCCACUGCCACGUGCCACAGAGCCCCAAGCCCAUGGGAAUCCCUCUCAGGAAGAACAGCUUCUCCACACCGGGGCACGAGCAGGCGGACAAGGGCAAGCGGAGCCCGUCUGUGGAGGAGGAGCUGAGCCCCCGGCACUACCCCUUGAGCGGCUCAGCCGGCAGCCGCAAGGCCAUGAUGAGCAGCCCUCAGAGCCCACUGAAAUCAGACUGCCAGCCCAACUCCCCCACUGAGUCCAGCAGCAGCAAGAACGCAGCCUUCUCCCAGACCGCCAGCUCCCCCACCUCCCAGUGCCCCCCAGACCCCAGACGCAACUGGAAGAAGUACAAGCUCAUUGUGCUGAACUCCAGCAACCACAGCAAGGAGGACAGCAGCAGCAGCAGCAGCAGCGGAAGCCCCCGGGACACGGAGACUCACUCCCCAGCCUGCCUGCAGAGCAGCGAGCCGGAGAGCAUGGAGCUCCACACCCCAGCCAAGAUGAGCGAGCAUGAGGGGGACCUGACAGCCCCCCAAGCUAGCCGGCUCAACAAUAUCAUCAACAGAUCCCUGGAAUCCCCUCGGAGUCACAAUGAAAGCCACUCUUCUCUCUACAUGAACCAUUUGAAGUGCGGCUCCCAGUCCCCCCGGCACUCUGAAGUGUGCCCCAGCAUUCCCGGAUCUCACUGUGGGGAGGAGAUGACGGAGCUGCAUUCGGAAUACUCGGACUCCAGCUGUGAAAAUGGAACAUUUUUUUGCCAUGAAUGCGACUCCAAAUAUACAGAGGAGGAUGCUCUUAAAAGACACACUCUCCAGGUCCACAGUGACAAGCCAUACAAAUGUGACCGGUGCCAGGCUGCCUUCCGCUACAAAGGAAACCUCGCCAGCCACAAAACCGUCCACACAGGAGAGAAACCUUAUCGCUGUAACGUCUGCGGUGCUCAGUUCAACAGACCAGCUAACCUCAAGACCCACGCUCGCAUCCACUCGGGAGAAAAGCCAUACAAAUGUGAAACCUGUGGUGCACGCUUUGUACAGGUUGCUCACCUGCGUGCUCACGUGCUGAUCCACACAGGAGAGAAGCCGUACCCCUGUGAGAUCUGCGGGACUCGCUUCAGACACCUGCAGACCCUCAAGAGCCACCUUCGCAUCCACACAGGAGAGAAGCCUUACCAUUGUGAGAAAUGCAACUUGCAUUUUCGCCACAAGAGCCAGCUCAGACUCCACCUUCGACAAAAGCACGGCGCGAUCACGAACACCAAGAUACAAUACCGCACGCCCAUUACAGACCUGCCCACAGACCUGACGAAGUCCUGCUGAGCUACUGGGUCAGGAACCGAAACAAGAUGAGGUUUCAACACCCCUGGAUUCUACAGUCGUCCAAAUGUGGAGAGGCUCACUGCUCUGGGAAAGGACAGCCAGACCACGUCUGCCAACCUAAACGGGUUUUCUAUACAUGUGAAACAAAAGCCACAUUUGAGUCAGUAUUGCCUAUAGUCACUUUUAUUGUCUAUAUAUAAAGAUGGGAGUGUUUUUAAGCGAUCUAUAUAUAUUCUUUAUUUUGGGGGAAAAGGAUGGAAUGUACAAAAAAAAUCCAGAAUUGUAUUUUGUAUAAAGAGCCUAGUUUUAUGAGAGUACUAUAAAUUUAAGUGAAGGAUGGUAUAUUUUUAAGGAAAAUGGUACAAAUCUAUUAAUGGUGGAGUUUUUUUUUUAAGUGUGUGUAAUUUUAUAUGUAUAAUUUUAUAUAUAAAUAAAUUACACAAUUGCCUAUUUCAUGGAAUUGGCAGACAUGGCAAAUGCAGUGCUUGUGUAGCGUACUGCUGUAUAAAUGCAUUUUAAAAACAGACUGGCUUCUGCAGGCAGAGGCCAGUCAGGGCUUGGUGUUUUAAAAGUAUGUAUUUGAAGGUAUUGCUUCUGUAGAAGCAAACUGUUUUCUCUAAUACUUAUUUGUACAGAAAUGUUUUUGUUUGUUUUGUAAGUGAAGGUUGAUAGUUUCUUUGUUUUAGAAGCUGCAGUCAUUGGUAUUUGUACAUGCUGUGUACUGAAGGUGCCUUUCUCUGUGGUGAAACAUUUUCAAUCAGUCCAAUACAAUACAGUCCAGUACAGCAAGGUACGACUUCAAAGGAAUUUUUAAAAUGCUUUUAUCAUUGUCCUCCAGAACCUGUGCAAUCAACGUGGUUUACCUGUAAAUCUCCAGGAGGCUUUGGGGUGUGGUCUUUUAAACUGCAUUAAGCUUAUAUUGUAAAAAUAUAGGUGUAUGAAUGUAAAAUAAAAUGUCGGAAUAUUGAAUUUUAA